AUGGGGGAAGAGCAAUACCGCAAUUUAACAGACACGCUGAUGUUCCGGUUGACUCCGAAACCAAUUGAUCAUUCGUUGUCUCCAUUUCAAACGGCCAACAUUCAUCUCACACGCUACCAUAAAGGCCCAUCUGAAUCCACACAACCUUUGCGGCUUCCAUCGAUCCAAUUGCCGCCUCACGUUGAUUUCAGUAGGAGCCAAAAUCAAUCACGAUUCAGCACAUGUCCUUCUCUUCAUCAACACAAACCAGGGAAGGAAUCCAGUCCAACCACAGAAAAAAUGCUGCGGAAAUUUUUUGCUAGGUCCGACGACAUAUCCAAUGGCUUUACAUACAUAGCUCCUUCUCAUACAGGAAGCUCUGCGGGAGGCAUACUAUCCGAUGGAGUUUCUACUUUACGGAAUCAAGACUCCCAAGCGUAUGGAAGCCAUUUUCGCCAUUCCAGCGGGUCCCAUUCACAACAAUCAUUUCAACCAGUUGCAGGUCAUUCAGAUGCACAUGGACAGUCGCCCUUCAUGGCUGGCGCAGCUCCAAAAGCUUAUACCCCCUAUGCAGGUAGUUCCACUAGAGAGGAUAGACCCAAUCAUGGAGAGGAAAGAUUUUGGCAUAAUACUCGUCAAACCGAAAGUUCUACCAACGUUAGAUCUAGUCUCACCGAAAGCUCCUCGAAUGCCAAUCAAUUUGAGGAAGGUGAACCCGAUGAAGGAGAGCUCUACAGGUAA